AUGAAGCUUGUUUAGAUUGGAACCGUCUCAAUGAUCAUGGGCAUUGCUAUGAGUAAUGACUCUAUGGCUACUCACUUUGAUGGAAUUGGGGCACCUUUCGGAGGUUGCGGAGUGCCUGAAUCACUUAUCAACUACCCACACUACUUAGCAUUGAAUGUGUAGGAUACCCCAAAUGAUUACUCAACCUAUUUGCAAAGACCAAUUGCUGACAAAUCAAGAUUGGGUCUCUUUAACAAUGGCUUUAACUGCGGCAGAUUUAUUAGAGUAACUCUAGGUAAAUAUUGCACUGGAGUUAACUCUGGAAUGCCAGGGAAAGAGUUCUGUGAAGGCGGUCAGUGGGUUGGCGAUGAAUUCACAGGUGCUCAACAAGAAUAUAUUGUCACAGACAGCUGCCAAGAUGGAAACAGAUGGUGCAGAGAUGAUAAAUUCCACACAGACUUGAAAACUGAAUCUCUAAACAAUUUCAAACUUAAUGGUAGAACAAUUGAUGUAUCCAACAAAUGGAACAAUAGACAAGUAUCUUGGGAGUUUAUUGAGGGUCCUUAAAUGGAUCUCUAGCUUUAUUGGUCUUAGAACGCUCAGCAAUACUGGCCAGCCAUCAUAAUAGCUGGUGUUAACAAUGCUAUUUCAGAGGUCCUAGAAAAUGUUAAUGGCCAUUGGCAGCCAGCCAAGAUGAAUAGCGAUAUGGGCCAGCAAUACAUUCUCUCAGGAACCACUGGAACAUAUGAGAUCCAAGUGAAAGACAUCAAUGGCAAUGUCUAUCACAACAGAUCAUUCAAGUUUACCUUCCCAGGUGAUUGCCCUAACAAUCACUGCGGCAGUAACCCUGCUUAUCUUGUCAGAUACCUCAAUGGUGAAGAAAAAUUCUUGCAAACUGAAUGA